AUAUCCUCAAGUGCUGUUUUGUCUCGCCCUCAACCUUCCAACACGAUGUUGGGUACCAGAGAGCGGGCUUCGCAUCACCAAAUCCCCCAACAGCCAUAAACUCGUAUCUGUAUGAACAGCCUCUGCAUCGGUACAUAGAAUCUUCCUAGCUGUAGUCGGGUUUCGUCGGCAAGCCUGGCCGCCGCCUUGUGCUUCGCUCUUUAUCCUCGACUCCGACCUGGAACCCUGACAUCCGACGAAGCCCGUGCUCGACUCGAGUCAACUCUGCGCCUCACCAACUUCCAUCUGGCCUCUUCUUGGACUCGUCGCGGCCAGUGAUAAUUACCUAGCCCUCCCCGCCCAGUUGCUGCGUCGCAGUCCCGCCGUCUGUCGCUGGCGGUAGACCGAAACGACCCGCCAUCGCUUGAGCCGAAUUCUUCUUUCUGCCGACUCCCUAGCGUGGCGAAUUCGCAUCAGCCUUCCCUCCCACGACCGUGCCGCGCCGUAGCCUACCCCGACGCCGGCGACAAUGACCUCCGGCCCUGGCCCUGGCUCUGGCCCUCGACCUCCUCUCCAGGCACGCAAUAGCGCGGGCGGAGCCAGCAGCGGCGUCAACGCCCACGCCCCUGCGAACCCGAGCGGUCUGCGGCAGAGCUACACCCGGCCGCUGUCAAGCAGUAGCAGCAACGCGAGCGGCGCCGCGCUGAACGCCGCCGUCGCCGGCGAUGGCGAUGACGAUGACAAGGCGGACGAUCCCGUGCCGGCGAAGCGGCAGGAUGCCGGACCUGGCGAGCAUAGGCCGGUGGGCAAGCGCGCCCCGGCUGAGAACACAGGCCUCCUGCGAGGAGAGCAGGUACACGAGGGCCCCUGCAACCAUGGCACCUUCUCUCCGCGCCCCUCCAGCCCGACGACAAGCAUCUUGAGCUCCGUCCCGUCCAUCACCCCUUCCGAGUCUUCUGCGCUUCUCCAGGACGGGGUCACCGUACCGGCAGCGGGCGCUGUCGGCGACCCCAACUGGAGGAGGAAUUGGGCAAAGCGCAUCAGGAGCAGGAAGAUGGCUAACUCGACAGCCCUCGCCGAGCAGCACGGAAUCAAGGACUCGACAUUGAUGUACCUCUCGUAUUACAUCCCCUGCGUCACAUGGAUGAGCCAGUACAAGCGGUCCUAUCUCAAAGGAGACUUCAUCGCCGCCGUGACCAUCGCAGGCAUGUACUUGCCAAUGGCGCUCUCGCUGGCCGACAACCUCGCACAUGUCCCGCCAAUCAAUGGGCUGUACGCCUUCGUCUUCAACCCGCUCGUGUAUGCACUUCUGGGCAGCUGCCCCCAGAUGAUCGUCGGGCCCGAGGCCGCGGGGUCUCUCCUGGUCGGCAGCAUUGUUAAAUCCAGUAUCGAUCACAACGCACCUGGCUCUGGGGACAGUGACGCCAUUUUGCAGGCCAAGAUUUGCGGUAUCGCUGCCGGUCUGGCCGCUGCCACCGUCUUCAUCGCCGGCCUUGCCCGACUCGGUUUCCUGGACAGCGUCCUGUCCCGCCCGUUCCUCCGCGGAUUCAUCUCCGCCAUUGGCGUAGUCAUUGGCAUCGACCAGCUCAUUCCCGAGCUAGGCCUCAACAGGCUCGCUGCGAAGACGCCCAGCGUUGGCCAUGGCAGCCCUAUAGCCAAGAUCAGGUUCAUGCUGAACAACCUAGACAAGGUGCACAAACUGACGUGUAUAGUGGCUGGCGUCAGCUUCACGGUGAUCAUGUUGGCAAGGGAAAUGAAGCGUCGCUUGCAACCCAGGUACCCUGGUGUCGCCUACGUCCCGGAUCGGUUCCUCGUGGUUGUUAUCUCGGCCUGGCUGGCCUACUACUUCGACUGGGAAAGCCGAGGUGUACACAUCCUGGGUGAGGUCAAAGGAGCCAAUGGCCUGUUUACCUUUCGCUGGCCGUUCCAGCCCUCACACAUCACCCACAUUCGUGAGGCGAUGGGCACCUCGUUUCUCAUUGCGCUCCUAGGCUUCUUCGAGUCCUCGGUCGCCGCCAAGAGUCUGGGGGGCCAAGACACCUUCCCGGGAAUCCAGCUCAGUCCCAACAGGGAGCUCAUCGCGCUGGGCGCCGCGAACCUCGUCGGUGCCUGCUUCAUGAGCCUGCCGGCGUUUGGUGGAUACGGCAGGAGCAAGGUCAACCGGUUGACCGGAGGAAAGACGCCGAUGAGCUCGCUCUUCAUCAGCCUCAUCUCGCUCAUGGUCAUUCUGUUUGGCUUGCAGUGGUUCUACUAUCUUCCCAAACCCGUCUUGUCCUCACUCAUUAGUGUUGUUGCAUGGUCGCUCAUCGAGGAGGCGCCUCAUGAUAUUUUCUUCUUCUUGCGCAUCCGAGCCUGGCAGGAGCUUGGUCUCAUGCUCGUCAUUGUCCUGGCCACGCUGUUCUUCUCACUCAACAUGGGUAUCGCGAUUGGAAUUGGCCUGUCGCUGCUCCUCGUCAUCCGUCACUCGACCCGCCCUCGCAUCCAGAUUCUUGGUCGGAUCCCCGGGACCAACCGGUUCGAGAACGCGGAGGAGCACCCCGAGAGGCUGGAGUUCUUCGACAACUGCCUGAUUGUCAAGAUUCCCGAACCUCUGACCUUUGCCAACACGGGCGAACUGAAGACGCGACUGCGCCGCCUCGAGCUGUACGGCACCAGCAAGGCGCACCCGGCGCUCCCGCGGCUGCGGCGCGAGGACUCGAACCAAAACGUCAUCUUCGACAUGCACGGCGUCACAAGCCUGGACGGCUCGGGAACCCAAGUGCUCGAGGAGAUCGUCAGGGGAUACAGCGACAAGGGCGUGCGUGUCUUCUUCAGCCGAGGCCCCUGGAGACGAGAAGACCACGAGGUUUGGCGCCUCAUGGUUUCGUCUGGCAUUGUCGACCUCGUUGGCGGCGAAGACCACUUUGUGUAUGACGUGCAUGAGGCUCUGCGCAUGACCGAGGUCGCCGAUAUCUCGGAGCUCGGGGGUCCCGGGCCUGCUGCGUGAGACUAGUUGUGAAGCGAGAAAAUGAAAGCCUCGCUAUCUUGGUGCCUAGAUGAGGUGAGCGGGGGUGAAAUGUUCAAAAGCGCAUGUUUGGUGUCUGAAGGGGCGUAUGGAAGGAAUACCCUAGCGCCACGGCUCGUGGCCAUUAUCUUGUACUUGAUUGGCAGUUGUUUUGAAAAUGUUUUUGCCUUUGUUUAGACGAGUUACCGUAGCAUAGAACUUUUUGCGGUCAAAGCUAGAAACGAUUUGGUUUUUUUUUUGUGGUUGUC